CGUGCUGUCGUUCAUUACGCUGUCCUGAACCUGAUCGUCCUAAACUGAAACGUAAAUACGCCAAAAUUUGCAAUUUCCGAUUACGGUCAUUUCUGUGUUUUAUUCCGAACAAAUUUGAGUGUUACCGCCGCAUUCACGUUUGUCAUGUUAUAAACGUCUCGUUUGGAGUCCGAUCUCCGCCGUCGCGGGUUUUAUUUCUUGUUACGCAGUGUUUUGCUGAGGAUUGAGGAGUCGUCACACCGAGAUGGAGGCGGUCAAAGCGUUCACAUUUGAGCUUUAUUCCAUCAUGGAAAUGAAGCCGCCAAUAUCAAAAGCAAAAAUGACUGCAAUUACUCGAAAUGCAAUUAAAGCCAUCAAAUUGUAUAAACACGUUGUUCAAUGUGUAGAAAAAUUUAUACAGAAGUGCAAACCUGAGUAUAAGAUACCAGGUUUAUAUGUAAUUGAUUCAAUUGUGAGGCAAUCACGACAUCAGUUUGGAAAUGACAAAGAUGUAUUCGCUCCUAGAUUUGCGCGUAAUCUUAAAUCGACUUUUACACACUUAUUUGCUUGUCCAGAAGAAGAUAAAAGUAAAGUUAUUCGAGUAUUAAAUUUAUGGCAAAAGAAUGCUGUUUUUACCACAGAUAUUAUUCAACCUAUUUUUGAUUUGGCUGCCAAUCCUGAUUAUGGGGAACAUUCUCAAAUAAAUUCUUUAUCAUCAAUGGACACUAGUCCAAAAAUAAGUGUUAAAACAGAUCUUUUUAAAAGUCAAGAUAAUACUCCAGUUAAAGAUGAUAUGUCUAAAAAUUUUGACACUUUACAAUCACAGAGUUUAGAUACUGAAAAUAAACCAAUAGAUCCAGCUAUACUUGAACACAUACAAGCUAUUCAAUCAUUAUUGAAGAAACAACCAGGUCACAUGCAACAGUCAUCUACAUCUCCUCAAGUAAAAAAAUCUGAUGCAGUAAAAUUGUUUGAUAAAAAAAUCCUUGAUUAUGAUUAUGGUGAUGAAGAAGAUGAAAUGCUUAAUCAAUCUCCAGUAUUCCAUCAACAGCAACAUCAAAAUACUACCAUUGAUGGAAUUGACAGCCUAUUGAAUAACCCAGAAGUUCUGCGCACAUUGCGCAAUGUCGAAGGGUUAAUGUCUACACAGUCUAAACAAUUAGCAGAGUUGGACAAGAUAAAAGAAAUGAGAAAAGAAGCGGAGUUCGACAAACAUCUUGCUCAGACUGUUCAGAAUUUACCAUUUGCUUCUGAAUGUGAAUUAAAACCAGCUCCUGUGGUUUCUCAAGCAGUUGGAAUGAUGUCAAACCCAUAUGUAAAUCAAUUAUUUAGUACACAAAUGUACCAACAACAACCUAUGAUGUCAUUAGAAUCUCACCAUAAACCUUUACCUCAGAUAAUUUAUGAUGAUUCGAACCAGUCUAAACCUGAAGUGAUAGAUCUAGAUCAUAUUGCAUCACCUCCUCAAAAUAAACGAGAUACAAGGCGAGAUGGAUAUUCAUCAGGUCCAUCACGUAAACGAUCACCUAGAAAGAAUAGUCGUGAACGUCAACGAGAAAGAGAAAAGGAGCGUGAAAAAGAUAGAGAGAGGAGAAAAAAAUAUUUACCUCCAUUUAAAAAAAAUCAUUUAGCAGUUGUAAGCACUACUCUUUGGGUGGGUCAUUUAUCAAAACUCAUACACCAAGACGAUUUAUAUGGAUUAUUUCAACCAAUUGGUGAUAUAGUUUCAUUAAAUUUAAUAUCACCUAGAGGAUGUGCUUUUUUGUGUAUGAACCGAAGACAAGAUGCUGCUCGUAUAAUGAGUAAAUAUCAAGGGGAAAGAUUACAAGGAAAACCUAUGACAAUUGCUUGGGCUCCGGGUCAAGCAAUGAAAGAUAAAGAGUGGAAAGAUUAUUGGGAAAUUGAUGAUGGAGUAUCAUACAUACCUUGGGAGAAGUUAAACAAAGAAAUAGACUAUGAUGAGUUGGAAGUUGGAGGAAUGUUAGAUGAAGAUACAAUGCCUGAAUGGCUUAAAACUCAUUUAAAGAACUUACGAACAUCUAAGAAAAAUGAGAAAAAAGAAGAAGAAAAAGUAUCUGAAGGAAGUCAACAACCACUAAAUACAUCUAAUUUUUUUGACCCACAAGGUGUUCAAUCUCCUAGUGUUCAAAAUAUGCAAAUGUCCCCUGCUCAAAACAGUCAACCCAAUCAGAUGAAUUUCAAUAUGCCCCAGACAAUGAACAUGCCUAAUCCAUUUGGAAUAAAUCCUAGAUUAAUUAAUCCAAUGAUGAAUCCUAUGAUGCCUGGCACUAUGGCUCCCAUGGGAAUGGGUCACCCUUCUAUGAUGAUGAUGAAUAGAAUGCCAUCACCAUUUGGACCUCCACCAAAUAUGUCUAUAAUGGGAAAUCCUCAACAAAUGGCAAUGUCUAAUGAUGCACAAAAACCACUUGGUGUACCUCCAGAUAUGAUGAUGUCUUUUCCUUUUGGUAUGAAUCUGCCAUCUCAAACUGCAGCUAUUUCUUCUGCUCAGACAAUGAUGGGGUUAAAUCCACCUACUGUAACGUCUGGAACUAGUACUGCUCCCACACUUUCUCAAAAUACAAGUCAUAAAGAUAACCUAAACACAACAAAUCCUCCAAAUCAAUUAGACCCUUCUACGCUUAUGCAAUUUAAUUUACCUCCUCCUCCAACACUUCCAAAUUUAUCUGAUUUUGCACGAAUUACAAGUAACACUAAUAUAAGCAAUGAAAAAUAUGAUCCUAAUAUUUUAGGCAACUCUGAGACAGAAGAUUCUAAAGACUCUGUUAGAAACAUUGAACGAGAUGAUAGAAUUCAUGGAAUAGAUCACAGGAAUCGUAAUUAUGAUAAUAGGGAAAGAAUUGAUAAAUUUUCAGAUAGAGAUAUCAAAAACGAUCGUGGGCGAAGAGAUGAUUUAUCUCAAAGACAAGAUCCAAGAAAUCGUAUUAAAGGACCUGAACAAAGAGAGAGGAAAUCAUCACGCUGGGGUGAUAAAGUUAAUGAAGAAGUGGACAAUCCAAAUAAUAUUGAUCGAUUGUCCAUAAAAGAAGGAUUGGGUAUAGCUCAAGUUCCAAACAUAGCACAAAUAGAUAAUGUAAAAGAUAUUUUGAUGCAAAAUAAUUCUUUGCAUCAAAUUCUUGAUCAUGUAAUUCAAGACAAUAUGGGUAAUCCUCCAUUCCAACCUGGCAUAUUUGGGCCUAACAAUGGACCACUUCCAAAUCAAAUGUUCAAUAUGCCCCCUCAAAAUUUUCCACAAGAUGGUCCUAGACCGCCUGUUAUGGAGAAUAGCAACAUGAGAGGGCGGGGUGGAUGGAACCGCGGAGGCCGUGGAGGAUUUAGAGGACGUGGAGGAUACAACCCACCAAAUUGGGAUAAUAACAAUGGUCCACCCAAUUGGGAUACAAACAGUGGACCUAAUUGGGAUAAUAAUGGACCACCGCCUGUUUGGCAGAAUCAAAGUAUGAAUAGAGGAGGUAUGAUGGGAAGAAGUAAUUUAAGACCACCAUUAAUGCAAAAUGUGAUGGGCCGUGGCCGAGAUAAUUGGAUGGGCAAUAAUUUAUCUGCUAAUAGAAGCAAUCGUGAUUCAGAUAAAUGGGUAAGUCGGGGAGGUAGUCGUGAUUCUGAUGGAUGGAGUGGUCGUAGUAGACUUUCUCCUUGGAGAGGUAAUGGUAACCGGCGACGAAAUGAAGACUGGGAAGGACCUAAUCAACAAAAACGCUGGAGACGUGAUGAUAAUCCUGAAUGGGAUGAACAACAGAAACCUUGGAAACGUGGAACAAUGAAUGAAGAAGAAGAAAGACAAAAUAUCAAACAAGGGUCAUCAUGGGCUGCUAGUAAAUUAAAAAACCGUGACAAUAAUGAUGAACGUUCUAAAAAACCGAGCAAAUGGGGUGAUAAAGAGUCUGAUGAUAAUACUAAAGGAGAUCGUUGGAACAAAAAAUCUGUGGAACACACUUCAUCUGUUGAUGAAGUUACCGCAGAAGAAGGUCCACAUCAAACAAGCGGUCCAAUGGAUUUAGACAACUAUGAAGGUGAAGGUGUUGAUAAUAUUGAGCAACUGCAUAAAGUCCAAGAUCAAGAAACUGUAAGCUCAAACAUGACGUUUAGACAGCAUGACGAAAUUGAAAACAAGGAAGAUCAAAAGGAUAGUCAGGAACAUCAUGAAUUUGGUGUUCAUAAUGCCGAUUCAAAUAAUGAAGACAAGAAUGUUGAACAAAACAAUGAAGAGCAACUUAACAGAGAUCGACAAUUUGGAGAUUAUCAAAAUGAUUUAACUAAUAACUCACAAGAAUUAUUCCAUGAUAAUAUUAAAGAAACACAGCAGAUUUCACAAAAAACACCAGUUGACAACUUUGAACAGCAAAAUUUUGAAGAAAAACAGCAUGAUGAGUAUCAACCUCACGAAGAAUAUCAAAAAGAUACCACGGACAAUUUUAAUUCUCAACGAGAAAAUGAAAUAAGACAAAACAAUGAAGAUUUUGAACAAAAUGUACAAUUUAAAUCUGAUUAUAAUGAUACGAAAUAUGAAAAUGAUCAACCUAAUAAUCAUCAAUCUUUUAAUGAAGAAUCUUCUCACAAUUUAAAUAAUGAUGAGCAUUAUUCAGAUAAUGCUAUUGAGUCUCAAGUAAACGAAGCUAAUCAAGUUAUGAAUAUAGAAGAAAAAUCUUGUGAACCUCGUGAUGACUUCUAUUAUGGGGCAGAUUGUGAGUCAUCUUUUAACAUGGAACAACAGAAUAAUGAGAUUCUUCCAAUUGAAGAAACAGUAAAUGUUCCAACAGAUAAUGAAAUUAAUGAUAUCAAUACGGCAGAAUUAAAUCAAAGUUAAAGAACUUUAUACCUUUUUAACAAUUUAUUAUAUAUAUAUAUAUUCCAAAUGUAUAAAUUUACUAUUGUAUAUUCCAUUUAAAUUAU